GCGCAUCCAAAUAGUGCGAGGCGGCUCGUGCGGAUGAAAGCAUUCAGAUCAGCACUCGCUGGCGACCGAGGCACAUGGUGCACGUGUACUGAGCCCUCUUUGUCUCUCGUUCUCUCGUGACGUCUCCAUUUGGACAGUCGGCGGUCAGUGCUCCGUGCCGCGGGUCAUGUACCCCUUUCCACCCUUGCCCAAGUGCCACGCGGCGGCCUCACAGGCCGGGAAUCACCCUGAAUCGUGUACUUUGCCAGCAUGGUGAAGAAGAAGCAGAAAAUUCGCAAGUGUAGAGGAUCAGAUGCCUCAUCUGGACGCAGCAGCAGCAGCGUUGAGCAUCCAGAAGGCCACUGGCACUGACCCCCAGUGACGGUCCCCGACUGAAAGACAUUUUCAAAAAACGCUCAGACAUUCAGCAGUGUUGUUGAACGUAGUUCUAGUGACUAGUGGUGCCAUUUAGGAUGAGUUCCUACUUCGCAAACUCGUACAUCCCCGACCUUCGUAACGGCACCCCCGACCACUACGCAGCCGCUGCCCACCAGGGUGCACAGGUCAACUCGGACCCCUCGUGCGACCCCAGCCUACGCCAGGGCAUCCCCAACCACUAUGGCGGGCCCCCGGCGGCGGGCCAACCGCCGCCGGGCAUGCCUUACCCCCGUUUCCCGCCCUAUGACAGGCUGGACAUCAGAGCCGCGGGUUACUACGGCACCCAGACGGGCCAAACGGCCCAAAACGGCGCCGUCGGACUGUUGGUGGACAACACCAACGCCGGAUACAGACCCAACUCGCCCACCAUGGGUGGGGCCCACAUGCCCCAACAGACCACCCCCGUGCAGUACUCGAGCUGCAAGCUGCAGGCCAACGCCGCCGUCACGCAGCAGAUGCCCCCCGAAAGCCCCCCGGGCAUGCACCCCCAGCACAUGGGCCAGCACCACAUGGGCCAGCAGGCACACAUGGUGCAGUACAAUAAUGUUGCCCAGCAGCCCCAGCAGAUCCCUCACCAGGUGCACCAGCCACCGCACAACAAUCAGCUCCAGCAUCCCCCGCAGCAGCACACGCCCCCUCAGCAACAGACCAACAACUCCUCUGCCAACCUUCCCAGCCCUCUCUACCCUUGGAUGAGGAGUCAGUUUGGUAAGUUUGAACGGAAGCGAGGCCGUCAGACAUACACGAGGUACCAAACCCUCGAGUUGGAAAAGGAGUUCCAUUUCAAUCGUUACCUGACGAGACGUCGUCGCAUCGAAAUUGCACACGCUCUCUGCCUGACAGAACGGCAAAUCAAGAUUUGGUUCCAGAACAGGCGCAUGAAGUGGAAAAAGGAGAACAAGUCCAAGUCGGACUCGGGCUCACAACACGACGGAAUGGACGCUACCCCUCCAGACUCCCCCCAGUAACAGAGCUCCCCCGCCCACCCACCCCCUGAUAUAUAGAGUCUUAUAUAUUAAAUGUAAAUUAUCGCAAAUUAGUUAACAAGAGUCAACCAAAUGAGCAGAUUCACCCGCAACACGGAAAGAUUGCGGGCGUUUUCUUUUGCAACCAAAUAUAAAGGGCUUAGAUUACCAUUGAAGAUGAUUUUUUUGUAAUUUAUGAUUUGUUUUUAUGUAUCAUAAUUACAUAAUUCAGCUGUGUUGCUAAAUGAGUACAAUUGAGAAGUAAUGUGACACUCACGAGUCCCCCGUCUGUCCGUGUAGAGCUGUAAAAAGUAUACAGUUUCCUCCAACCCCCAAAAAUGAACAAGGAACUUGCGGUGAUAAAUAAAAAUUAAAAACAUGCUAGACUUUUUUUAAAAAAAAGUGAAUCGAGAAGAAAGAAGAUGAAGUGUCAAAUCAUGAUUAAAUAUUAAUUUAAAGCGACUCUUAAACGAACUAUCUUAUCUAUUAAGUGAUGGUGUUUUUGCUUUAGCAGAGUGCUUUUAUGUGAAAUCUUGCUGGUGUCUCUUAAAUUAAUUCUGCGCGAAUUGUUCAAAAUGUCACAGCCACGACAGCAUUGGAUAUUGCAAGUUGUGUCUGCACAAAAGGAUGAUGUGAGUACUCAGGAUUUUUAUUUCUAUUGUUAGCCAAUUGAUCAUCAUUAUAUCGAUUUGCUAAAGAGGCCCCUAAAUUAUUUAAUGAAAUUCCGCAUGAGUCAAACAAUUAACAGCACCAAGUGCUCCAAAAUACUCAAUUAGGGAUUUUAAUUCUAGAGCAACGCGUGCACUUUGGUGAUGAUUGAAUGGUUUAAAUUACUAUAAGUUUAUACGCAUACUAUUGAAUGUGUAAUUAGUUUUAAAAAGAUGAAAUAACUAUAUGAAAAAAAACAGAAGAAAAAGUGUCGUGUCGGUGUUGCAAAAUAUAUUUAUCAUGACAGUGGUGAUGUUAAGGACAGCGCGAUAUGUUUGGGAAAAAUAAUAUUUAUUGAAUACUCCACAAACAAAAAUACGUAAAUUGCAGUUCAGGAAUCAUAAAUUUCAUAUAUAAAAACGGAAACUAUUUUGACCAGAGAAAAUGUGCCGCGAUUGAUUAUUUGAUAAUGAAAGCUUCUACAUUUAAAGUAAAUGUCUGUUUCUGUCCCAUCCUCUCGUAAUUAAAUUUAAUGACUAAAAUUUGUUGUGUGUUGUGUGGAUAAUAUUCACGGAAAGGUUAACUGCUCUCUAUAUGCUAUAAAAACACUAAAACCUUUCAGACAACUUUCUCAUCUUUUGAACAGGUGAUACAAGAAAUAUCUAAAAUUGAAAUCUCACAAUCUAGACAAAAACUCUAAGCUCCAAAAAUGUACGUGUGUGAUCCUUUUGAUAUUAUGUUGCUUAUUUUUUAGCACUUGGCACUGGGAGAAAUUCCCUGCUUUUUGCUAUUUGGACUCGGUUCUCAUAUCCUCAUUAACAAAAUGGUUUAUUAAUCGACUUUACAUUAACCUCAAUGAAUUAAUUAAAGCUUCACGAGCAGUCAAUCAAAUUAUACUUGACAUGUAUACACGAAUAAACGUGCAUGCGCAUCAAAUGCCCAUUGAGUGUUACUAAUGAAGUCAUAUUGGCGAAAUGGCACCAGCAGCAGCGCAUAUAAUAUUAUAAUUUAAUGAGGAAACGCGCUUGCAGCCAAAAUGACAAUAGCGACACUCACCGCGUUGAAAAUUAAGGGCUUGCACGCGCAAUUUGAUCUAACUGCUUCUGCUCAUCUUGGAUAAUUAACCACCUACCGCUUUGCUUUCACCUUUAAUUGAUUAAUUAACUCUCUCGUUUAAUUUCCCUGCAAAUGUAAAAUAUAAUGAACACAAGCAAAGACUGAAAUGGAAUAUGAUAUACGUACUAUUUGAUAUUAACCUGUAAUAAUUAAAAAUAAUUCACCACAAUCGCGUAAAUUUGCACAACAAGAGCUGCAAAUUGUUUAAUUCAAUUUCUUAAUACGUGCAUCUCAGUUUAAAUAAAACUAUACGAUCACCAUUGAUACAGCAGUAUACGUGGCUCUUUCAUUUUAGAAAAAAAAAUCUAUACACUUGAAAAUACUAAAGCACCAGCACAAAGUCAUUCACGGAACAAAAAUAUAGAAUGAACCAGCACGAUAAUUUUCACAAUGAGGAUCCAUUUUUAUGAGGUGUUGUUUAUACAAUGUGUGUUAAAUUUUGACCGCAUUUUUGUUUUGUGUGGUAUAUUCAAGAGGAUACCCUUUUACAUAUUAUAUUGAUUUUAUAACUGAAUAUUAUUUUGUUGAGUUUUAUUGAUAAUUGCGAUAAGAUGCGAGAAUAAAUGAUGCCCAAAGGUUAUCAACCCAAGCAUAAAAAUAAAUUUUUCAUUGCGCCAUAAUGCCCCUUUUAUUUUCCACACAUCGUACACUUAUGGACGAAGCGGAGAUGAUUUGAUUGACAAAUAAAAGUCACUUCACGUCCGUGUUUCCCAGGAAAAGAGGACAUAAAUUAUUUCGCGCACAACACAAUUAUUGAUUUAAGCAUAAAAUUUAGAUGAAUGUUGCGAAAGUCGCGCUUAUCUUGACAACGCCUGUAGGAACAGCUGGUCUCUUGUACGAACAGAGAAAUACUUUGUAUCAUUAAUUGUAAAUAGUUUGCCUGAGAUCAGUGUUCCUCGAGAGAAUAACUGGCAAAAUAUUAGCUAUGCAGUGAAAGUAGCACAGGAGAUUAGCCCUUAUUAGCGAAAUGUAAUUACAAUGGAUUAAUAAAAACAUGAUCUCAUAUUGAAAUAAAUAUUGCAUAAUAAAUAUAAAAAUUUAUGAUUUCUCUGCUUUUUAAUAAAAAUGGAAAAGUGAAAAUGCGUCACGUAAGGAAAAAUAUUUAAAGUGUACAUUACAAUUACUCUCAUGUAGACGGAAAGCAGUUGACAUGGUUAUUUAAAUUAUUGAGUUUUUCCAACAGUAGAAUCUGUAGUGUUGCAACAAUACCUCAGAUAUACGUACCGAUAGACGACACACAAAGUACUACGAAAAAGUCUCUAUUUCUAUGGUCCCGAACAAAAUGUUUUGACACAAAAGCAACCAAAAAGCGACAAAAAGAGAAUGUACUUUAACGAGCAAAGCAAAACAUUUCAUCUAUUGACGAUAGAUCACCGCUACAAUUAUAUAAUUAUUCUGAUUAUCCGUCUGUAUAUCCACGAAAAAUCACAAAUAAAACCCCUAACUUGUAUACAAAAGCUUA